GAACUUGGCGGGCGUCCCACGCACUGGAAAACGCGCUUUGCUGGCCGAGGAAGACACGUUUGCUCGGGCAGUGAGCUCCGCACUGGGCUUACGCGGGUGUAAAAACCUGCUUUGUGGAACGGGGUCCGCUCGUUUCUUGAGAAGCGAAUCGGAGCGCGGCGCACGUGGUCGUCGCUGCAAAGCGGCCGGCGGGAGUCCUGGGCGCUCCUACCACCAGCAGAGAGCAAGCCCCGCUCCGUUCAGAAGGGCUUACUUACGAGUCAACAAGCCCAGGCCCGAGCCGCGCAGGGCUGCACGCGGUCCGCUUUCCCCCGAGCAAGCGCGCGCAGGCUUGCCUGAGGCAUCCUCGCCAGCCACGUACUUCCGCGCGGGCCCUUACUCGCGAGCAAGCCUUUUUCCCGCCGCCGGCCGUGCCACACUUCCUUCCUCUCCAGUAGUGGCAGCACAGCUGCUCCGGCGGCCGGGGACCGGGGUUGAGCCAGGGCAGGAGGCGGGGAUCGGGGCGGGCCGAGGGCGGCGCAUCUGGCUGCGUGGUUGCGCCCUGCGGGCGGCGGCGGGCAACUUGCGCGUCUCGUCUUCUACCUAACCGGGGCUGGCUGGCUGGGCUGCCGCCGUCCAGACAGAGGCGACCAUCGCCAUGCCGAGGAACCGGGGCGCCGGCGUGUCGGAGCGGAGCCCGCUGCUGACCUACCGUCUCUGCAGCAGCAUCUCGGUGGAAGGGGAGCCGCCCGGGCCCAGACCGGCGGCAAGAGCCGCCCGCAAGCUCUCCACUUUCCUGGGCGUCGUCGUCCCCACUUUGCUGUCUAUGUUCAGCGUGGUGCUUUUCCUGCGCCUCGGUUUCGUGGUCGGCCAGGCUGGGCUCUACCAAUCGCUGGGCAUGUUCCUCGUGGCCUAUUUCAUCAUUGGCAUGACGGUCCUGUCUGUGUGUGCCAUCUCCACCAACGGGGCCCUGGAUGCUGGUGGUGCCUACUACAUGAUCAGCCGGGCUCUGGGGCCUGAGUUUGGGGGCAGCAUCGGGAUCAUGUUCUUCUUGGCCAACGUCUGUGGCAGUGCCCUCUACAUCCUGGGGCUGGUGGAGGCCAUUGUGGACGACUUCGGCAUCUCGGCAGAGAACAGCCCUGGGAGAGCUUUGCAGGUCCUGCCCACUGGUUAUUGGUUCGACCUGUUGUACGGCACCGUUCUCCUCCUCAUCUGCCUUUUCGUCUGCCUCGUGGGCGCCAGCAUCUACGCCAAGGCCACCUUUCUCAUCUUCCUUGUGGUUAUGGUGGUGCUGGCCACCGUCUGCAUCAGUUUCUUCAUAGUGCACCCCCACGCUGUGCUACUGCCUUCGAGCCACAGUGGCAACGGCACAGACUUCAUCAGCGCUAACUACACUGGCUUCAGUCUCCACACCCUCCGGGCCAACCUCGCGUCCGGCUACAGCGUGGAUUACACAACGGGCCGCCUGAUGAGCUUCAGCACUGUCUUCGCCGUCAUGUUCAACGGCUGCACAGGCAUCAUGGCGGGCUCCAACAUGUCUGGGGACCUGAAGAGGCCCAGUUACUCCAUUCCCCGGGGCACCAUCUUGGCUGUCAUCUUCACUUACGUUGUCUACAACAUCUUGGCUGUGCUUCUGAGUUGCACCUGUGACAGACUCCUCCUCCAGCGGGACUAUGGCUUCCUGAAGGACAUCAACGUUUGGUCUCCCUUGGUCACCAUUGGCAUCUACUGCUCCACUCUCUCGGCCUCCAUGAGUAACUUGAUUGGCGCCUCCCGGAUUCUCUACGCUUUGGCCAAGGACGACCUCUUUGGCAAAGCCCUUGCGCCGGCAAAUCGGACGUCCCGUGGUGAGAACCCCUGGGUGGCCGUGGUCUUUUCCUGGGCGCUGGUGCAGCUGGUGCUCUUCUCUGGGAAACUGAACACCAUUGCCGCCGUGGUCACCAUCUUCUUCCUGCUGGUCUACGCCACCGUGGAUUUGGCCUGCCUGGCGCUGGAAUGGGCUUCUGCCCCGAACUUCAGACCCACUUUCCAGUAUUUCACCUGGCACACCUGUGUGCUGGGCAUUGCAGGCUGCUCCAUCAUGAUCUUCCUCAUCAGCCCCAUCUAUGCCUCAGCCAGCGUGGCCUUCCUGGUCGUCCUCCUCGUGGCCCUCCAUUACCUGUCGCCCAGCAGCAGCUGGGGCGACGUCAGCCAGGCUCUCAUCUUUCACCAGGUUCGCAAGUAUCUGCUGCUGUUGGACAUUCGCAAGGAGCACGUCAAGUUCUGGCGUCCCCAAGUGCUGCUGAUGGUGCGGAACCCCCGGACCUCUCUGCAGCUCAUCCGCUUCAUCAACGACCUGAAGAAGAGCGGCUUGUAUGUGCUGGGCCAUGUGGAGCUGGAUGACCUGGACUCCCUGCCUGGUGACCCCCUCCCUGCACAGUCUGACUCAUGGCUCCAGCUGGUGGACCGGCUGAAUGUCAAGGCCUUCGUCAACCUGACGCUCUCGGACACUGUGAGGCACGGGACCCAGCAGCUGCUCUUCAUUUCCGGCUUGGGAGGCAUGAGGCCUAACACCAUCGCUCUAGGUUUCUAUGACGACGCAGCCUCGCAGGACUGCCUGUCUCAGGAGCCGGCCUUCCGCAGUGAGGAUGUGGCCUGGCUGAAUUUCCCUUCAGUGCUGGGUUCUGGGAGCCCCAAACGACUGUCCCCCCGUGAAUACGUGGGCAUCAUAGCCGAUGCCGUCAAGAUGCUCCGUAACGUGCUGCUGGCGCGCUCCUUUCAGGAACUGCAGCUGCCGCAGGCCCUGGGGUGGCGGGCACAGCCGCUCAUCGACGUCUGGCCCAUCAACCUGCUGCGUCCUGACAGCGCUCGCUACGUGGACACCAGCAGCCUCUUCCUGCUGCAGAUGGCUUGCGUCCUAGCCAUGGCCCGCACCUGGCGCCGGGCCCGCUUACGGCUCUUCCUGUGUGUGGAGAGGGGCACGCAGCCCCGCGGCCAGGAGGACAAGCUGCGGCAGCUGCUGAAGGACUUGCGCAUCCAGGCGGACAUCCACACGGUCCCAUGGGACAACGUGGUGGCCCUCCACUGGCACAACCACCAGGAGGGCAGAGACGGCAAUGCCAUCAACUUCCCAGGCAACGUUGCUUGCGUCUCGGACGAAUACCUGAGCGCGGUCAACGAGCUCAUCCAGCAGCAGAGCACUGCCCCCACCGUCCGCUUUCUGUACCUGCCCCGCCCCCCUGCGGACACCAGCCUGUAUGCCCGGUACUUGGAUCAGCUGGAGGUGCUCACCCGUGGCCUGGGCCCCACCCUCUUGGUGCAUGGGGUUAGCGCCGUGACCAGCACCGAACUCUAGGCCAGUGGCAUGUACUCAGUAGAAAUAAAUGAGCCCUUGACCACUAACUUCCUGCUGCUCAUGACAGCCAGAGGACUGUGAGCAGCAGGACCAGUGUGAUGCAUCAAGAUCCAACGCCAAGAUGAGCUCAAGACAGGCCCCUCUGGGCUCCUUUGGCCCACUUCCAGUCUGCGAUGAGGCCGUCCUGCCACCAACUGUGCAGCUGCAGAGUUGUGGCCACCUGGUAGUGCCUUCACCUUGCCCUCUUCCUUGAGACUUGAAUUCUCACACGUUCCAGCAGAGGUGGAUGUAGCAAAACCAAAGAAUGCCAAAGAAUCCCUUGGCUUGGACCCUGACAGCGGGGAGGCUCUCCGGGGUCGGUGGCCUUGGACAUUUGGCAGUGGCCACCUUUCCUCUGGCACUUGUAGAAAUGGGAGGAAAAUUAAAGAUGGUGUAUGAUGGA